GUAACUCUUGACAGGAAAAUUUCUUUUAGAUGACAUAAUUAGGAGAUAAAUUCAUUAUUAACACCAAUAAGAUGGCAGAUGAGCGGACCCAGACCCAUGAUGAGCUGACUAAAACACCUUACUUCAAGCUAAGGAAGCGACUCCUGAUCGUUGCUUUCUUCUUGAGAUUUUUUGUUUGUGGAGCAGAGUACUCAGUCAUCCUUCCUACAGCGUUAAUAUAUUUGAAAUCAUUAUCAGCUGGCUAUGUCUUUAUGGGUUUCGUUGUUGCUGCGUACCCGUUCGCUGCUAUGAUUUCUUUACCUCUGUUUGGAUACCUUUAUGACAAAACCAAACGUUUGAAAGAACUGCUUCUUAUUUUGAAUUCGUUCGAACUUAUCGGAAACGUUUUAUAUGCACUUCCGUACUCAAAAUGGCUGCCGGCAGUUGGACGUUUAACAGCUGGAAUUGGAGAUGGCUUUAUUGCAUUGACAGUGGGAGAGUUAGCAUAUCUCUAUCCAUCCUCUGAGAGGAUUGCAAUACUGUCGCUUAUGGAGUUAGGUCGUGUCUGUGGAUUAAUAUUGGGGCCUGCUGUAAACUUUGCUAUCAAUAAGAAGACAUAUAUGAUCAAUGGAUGGCUACUGGACAACAAGACUCUGCCUGGAGUUAUAAUGGCCACGUGUUGGCUUAUCAUGCAAUUUAUUACCGUGUGUUGCGUGUUUAAUUUAGCGCACGAAAUAACAACUAAAAGAAAUUUGGAGAAAGAAAUGACUGAAAAGGAUCUAACAAUCUCUGAAGAUCAAACGUCAGCUGAAUGCAGUGAGGCUACCAGUUUUAAAGACUCAUGUAUUCCUGAUGAUAGCCUUCUUUAUACUGAUAGUUUAGGUGAUGCAUCUCCAGGCUCUUCGGACGAAUCCGAUAAAGAGGAUAAAGAGCUUCUAAGUCAUAAUGAAUCGUCUGAAAAGAAAGAUAGUGAUGGUGACAAGAAUUCAUUAUUCAGCGUGUUAAAACAGAUUUACGCUUUCGAAUUCUUCGUACUAUUUUGUGUUGAUAUUGCAUUAUGGUAUUCGCAAACCAUCUUUGAGAUUUUAUUACCCUACAUAACCGAAUUCGAUUACCAUUGGGAUCCAUUAUAUACUGGUCUUGUGUACAUGGUGGGAGGCGCAGAGCUGAUUUUCGUGUUCGGAAUUAUAAUAUUUACCUCAAAAAGAGUAAAUGACGUCACAUGGUUGAUAUUCGCACUAGUUUUGACUCAACUUUCCAUUGGGCUGUUAAUAUACGAAUCAGUAUUGACAGAUCUUCAGCAGCGUUUCUAUUUGUUCAUUGGGGUAUGCUUUCUAGUAUUCGCUACCAUACCAUUAAAUUUAGUGAGCACAAAAAGUCUGCUCACAAAACUUCUUCCGCAAGAAAUACAAGGUACUGUACAAGGAUUGUACUCGUCAGUAUCCAGAUUAGCACUAAUAGGUGGACCAAUUCUUGGCAGUGUUGUGUUUGAAAAGAGAAAACUUUAUGGUGCUGUGGCAUCUGUUAUUUGCUUUUUCACGUUGAUCGGACUAUUUCUUUCACUGGGAAGGAUAGAAAGACGGCGAAAGAAUAUGGAACGACAUUUUUCCAAUUCCAAAAACUAAUUUUUAUUAUAAAUUAUCAUUUUUUAAUCCAUUUUGCGUUUUUAUACUUUGUAUAUGUUACUGAUUUAGUUACGGCGAUAUAAAAACACAUAAUUUUCUGUCGCAAAAUAAUUUUACGGUUUGGUAUUAUUGACUUGUGUUUAAAGCCGGACUUUAACUUAAAAAAAACAACGUAUCGUAACGUAACACUUUGGUUUUCAAUGAUUGGUUCAAUAACUAAUUCUCAAUUUUUCUUAAUUAUUAUAGAUCAAGCUUGUCCAAUCAAAUCAACUGAUUACAGCACGAUACGCGUAUUAUUUUUUUAAAUUGAAAUCCGGCUUAAUUUGCGUAAUAUUUGGGUAUUGCUUUUGUGAUGUUGUAGUUACAGGGUUAAAGCCUUGAUAAUAAUUGCCCUCCCUUUUAAAAUAGAAUCCAUUACAAGGAAGUUAAUAAAGAAAUUCGAAAUGGUUGUUUAUCUGCUGCGUUAAUAAUUUAGUGCAGCUGAUGGAGUUGCAUCGAAAGUUUCGCAAAGAAAAUGGCAACGUAAAACUCCAUUUUUUUCAAUCAUGCUAACGCUCCUUACAGCAUGUUUUUUACCUACAUACAAGAGUCCUCCACAAGUUACCCCACUUUUGUUGUUGUAGUGGGCAGCAUGAACAAAGAGAGAAUGUCCUGAACGUUUGGUAAUAUUUGUCUACAAUUUUAACUGCUUCGUUUUGCAAUUUCGCUUUGUAGUAAAAAGGACUACUGAAUAUAAUGAAGAUAUCAAAAUUUUUACUUUGUAAUACAAAUUUGAUGAGAAUGGCUCCCAACA